GUGCUGAAGUACACGCCACGUUGGUUGAGGACACAUGUCACAGCUUUAACCAAUGUCUCUCUAUCUCUCAUUGAGCUGCACGCUGCGUGUGCGUGACUCAGUUGACGAACGACCUGUGCGGUUGCUCUCUGCCUUUUGCUAGCCGGAAUAGCUCACUUCUUCGCCCGGCGUAUCACUUAUGUUGGCCAGACCCAUCAAUUCACCCUCCUCCGAUUCACUCUUUGGAUAAGAAACAGCCCGUUUCUGUUCUAUCGACUCCAGUGCAGUAGUAAACUAGGCCAUGAUUACCGCGCAGAGAAGCUCUUCGGGGUCUUCCCAUAGUCCUAGAUCUCCCUCAUCGCAGCCUUACUUGUCGAUUUCGGUGACUGAUCCUGUGAAAUUGGGCAAUGGUGUCCAGGCUUACAUCUCUUAUCGCGUCAUCACCAAGACAAAUUUUCCUGAAUACCAAGGGCCUGAAAAGAUUGUUAUUCGGCGUUACAGUGAUUUUGUUUGGUUACGUGACCGUCUUUUUGAAAAGUACAAAGGUGUUUUCAUUCCUCCACUUCCAGAGAAGAGUGCUGUAGAAAAGUUUCGUUUCAGUGCUGAAUUUAUUGAGUUAAGGCGUCAAGCACUAGAUGUAUUUGUCAAUAGGAUAGCCUUGCAUCAUGAGCUUCAGCAGAGUGAGGAUUUAAGAACAUUUUUGCAAGCGGAUGAAGAGACAAUGGAGAGAUUAAGGUCUCAAGAGACUGGUAUUUUUAAGAAGAAACCAGCUGAUUUGAUGCAAAUCUUCAAGGAGGUGCAAACUAAAGUGAGUGACGUCGUUCUUGGGAAGGAAAAACCGGUUGAGGAAUCAAAUCCUGAAUAUGAAAAGUUGAAAAACUACAUCUUUGAGCUUGAAAACCAUUUGUCUGAAGCUCAGAAACAUGCAUAUCGUCUUGUAAAGAGACACAGAGAAUUGGGGCAAUCUCUAUCAGAUUUUGGAAAGGCAGUGAAACUUCUUGGAGCUUGUGAAGGAGAUGCCCUCGGGAAGGCAUUUUCUGACCUUGGGGCUAAAGCAGAGACGUUAUCUGUUAGGCUUCAGAAGGAGGCCCAUCAACUUUUAAUGAAUUUUGAAGAACCUUUGAAAGAUUAUGUUCGUGCCGUGCAAUCUAUUAAACAGGCCACCAUAGCUGAAAGGGCCAAUGCCUUCAGGCAUCAAUGUGAACUGGCUGAAACAAUUAAGUUGAAGGAGAUAAAUCUUGACAAGCUCAUGUUGACACGAUCAGAUAAAGUGGGAGAGGCUGAGCUGGAGUACAGGGAGUUGAAGUUAGAGAGCGAGGAAGCAACAAGAAGAUUUGAGAAUAUUGUGCGAUUGAUGAAUGAAGAGAUGGUGCGUUUUCAAGAUCAGAAAACACUGGAUAUGGGAAUUGCUUUCCACGAAUUUGCGAAAGGACAGGCACGUUUGGCAAAUAACAUUGCAGAUGCUUGGAGAAGUCUCCUUCCUAAGCUUGAAGCAUGUUCGUCGUAAUGUGGAGAUGCCAAAAAGGGAGGACUAAGGAACUGUUCACAUUCUUGGUUCCAACUUCCAAGGAAUGGAAGGUGCAGCUUUUGUAUUGUAAAGACUUGUUACUUACAGGAGUUAGUUCAAGAUUUGCAAUUUAUGUUGUACAAAUUGGAAGCUAAUGGAAAAGGCUGAGUUCAUCCUCUGAUAUAUAAUUAAAAGGGAACAAAACAUGUGAAAUGAUCAAAAUGUAUCUCAAUCUUCAGACCCGUUGUCGAAAUUUUCUUCACAAGAAUUGAAUGAAUCAAUUAUAUAAUUAGUUAA